GCACCUCCUCAGUCCUCACACGCCAGAAGAACACGUUGCCGGGGCAGAGAGAGAGACAGGGAGGGAAGGGGUCGAGACUCGACACAGGCGCAGCGCAGGUCAGCCAGCCAUGGAGAGCGAGCGCAAUGGCGGGGACCCCAAGGAGCGGAAUGGGGAGAGCGGCGGGGGGAUCUUCGAGAUGCCGGAGAUCAGGUUCACCAAGCUCUUCAUCAGCGGCCGCUUCGUCGACGCCGUCUCAGGCCGGACUUUCAAGACAAGGGAUCCGCGCACAGGAGACGUCAUAGCCAGCGUCGCUGAAGGCGACAAGGAGGACGUCGACUUGGCGGUCAGGGCGGCAAGGAAUGCCUUUGAUCACGGCGAAUGGCCACGCAUGUCUGGAUCUGAUCGGGGGCGGAUCAUGACGAGGUUCGCCGACCUGGUGGAGCAGCACGCGAACGAGCUGGCCGUGCUCGAGAGUCUGGACGCCGGCAAGCAGCCAGCCGUCACCAAGGCGAUCGACAUCUCCAACGCCGCGGGCAGCCUGCGCUACUUCGCCGGCGCGGCCGACAAGAUCCACGGCGAGACGCUCAAGAUGCAUGGACAGUUCCAGGGGUACACCCUGCGCGAGCCCCUUGGCGUCGCCGGGCUGAUCAUCCCCUGGAACUUCCCGUCCACCAUGUUCGCCAUCAAGGUGGCCCCGGCGCUGGCCGCCGGCUGCACCAUGGUCGUCAAGCCAGCCGAGCAGACGCCGCUCAGCGCCCUGUACCUCGCCCACCUAGCCAAGAAGGCAGGAAUCCCAGAUGGGGUGAUCAAUGUCGUCGCAGGCUUCGGUCCGACAGCAGGAGCUGCAAUCGCGUCUCACAUGGAGGUUGACAUGGUCAGUUUCACUGGAUCCACAGAGGUCGGACGCCUCAUAAUGGAGGCCUCCGCGAGAAGCAACCUGAAGCCCGUGUCCCUGGAGCUCGGCGGCAAGUCCCCGCUCAUCAUCUUUGACGACGCUGACGUUGACAUGGCCGUCGAGCUCGCCGUCAGCGCAAACCUCUUCAACAAGGGAGAAGCCUGCGUCGCCGCGAGCCGCGUCUACGUGCAGGAGAGCAUCUACGAUCGAUUCGAGAAAAAGUUAGCAGAGAGCAUGAAGAGCUGGGUCGUGGGAGACCCGCUCAACGAUCCUCGUGUCAGGCAGGGCCCUCAGGUGGACAAGGCUCAGUAUGAGAGGGUGCUCGGCUACAUUGACCAGGGCAAGAGAGAAGGGGCUACUGUUCUGACAGGAGGAAAGCCCUGUGGUCAGAGAGGUUACUACAUUGAACCCACAAUUUUCACCGACGUAAAGGAGGACAUGAUCAUAGCGAAGGAGGAGAUCUUCGGACCCGUCAUGUGCCUCAUGAAGUUCAAGACGGUGGAGGAGGCGAUCGAGAGGGCGAACGACACGAGGUACGGGCUGGCCGCGGGGGUGGUGACGAGGGACCUGGACGUGGCGAACCGGGUGGUGAGGUCGGUCCGCGCCGGGGUGGUGUGGGUGAACUGCUACUUCGCCAUGGGCAGCGACUGCCCCUUCGGCGGGCGCAAGAUGAGCGGGUUCGGCAAGGACGAGGGCAUGCACGCGCUCGACAAGUACCUCGCCGUCAAGUCCGUCGUCACCCCGCUCCGUGGCUCGCCCUGGAUGUGAUCAUGUGGAGCCUUUCACGUACGACUCGCGACGCGUGUACACAAACGGUGGCUGUUGCUAGUUGUUACGUGGUACUGUGGUAACCAGGGAGGUGAAAGAACCAAAGGAGUAAAUGAUGUACACACUAUUGUUCGCUGUUGAUCGGGGUAACAAUAAGCUGGUGCGUCAUGCAAAAUAUUUUUUUAAAAUAUCAGUAUAACUUGACACAUGUACACUUAUAUUA